AUGGCUUCUCUCAAUCUCUCCUCCAAUGGCCCCUCGAUAUCGAAAAGUUAUCAGACAGUGGUGAAUGCACCACCCCCUUCUGGGAAUGGAGGGUCUCCCACUUAUGGCCAAUGGGUUGUCUACUCAGUCUCUACCCCGCUUGUCAGUGCCUUCCAGCAAGAUGGAGGUAAGGAGAGUGUCCUUAAGGUCCAGAGCACCGGAGGAAUUUUCCGAGGACGGGUGCAAUUCGCCUAUGUGAAAGUAACGGACUCCAACACCGGCCUUCCAAAGAACGUUCUCAUUGGCUGGUGUGGAGAAGGUGUGCCGGAACGAACAAAGGGUUACUUUACCAGCCACCUGGCUACAGUUGCCAAGUUCCUUCACGGAUAUCAUGUGCAGAUCACAGCCCGAGCAGAUGGGGAUCUAACCCCCGAGGGAAUUGUCCAGCGAGUGGCAGAUUCCUCCGGGUCCAAGUAUUCGGUGGGCGAGGCUCCUGCCCCUGCCCCAGCGCCCCGGCCUGUCGUGGCUAGCAAGCCUGCUUUCACACCGACUCGAUCCGGGGGUAUCACCCCCAGCCCAGCUGCUCGCGUGCAGCCCGCACCUUCAACGUCUGGCGUGACUGACGAUGGAUGGGGUGCAGAUGCCCCUCCCGUAACCCGCACCCAAUUGGAAAAGGUACAGUCGGCUUACCAGCCGACUAGAGUGAACCUGCAAGAACUCAAGGCAAACCCCACAGCGACUCGCCAAUCUGCCGCUCCUACCAAUGAUUCUGGCGAUGUGGUUAAAGGUGGUUACCAGCCAGUGGGUAAAGUCGAUAUUGCUGCAAUUCGGAAGCAAGCUGCCGCAUCUGGUCAGGUGGCAGAUGAGCGCCCGACGAUUGUCAAGGGUUCUUAUGAGCCCGUUGGAAAAGUCGACAUCGCUGCUAUUCGGGCUAGAGCACAGAAGCCGGACGGCACCAGUGACAAUGUCUCACCGAGCCCCGCAGUCAAUCGACAGCCAGCAACGUUGCCCGAGCGACCUGCGCCCUCUAAUGCUUCGGAGCGCUUGACCACCCUACCCAAACCAAGGGUUGCCAACAAGUUUGGCUCUAGUCCCUCCUUCCCAGGAACAAAGCCACCCCUCCCAACUGGUAUUCAGCCUAAGCCAAGCUCGAGUGCGCAGAUUGGAGCUGCAAGCCGAACUUUUGCCGACGAGGGAGGCAAAACACCGGCUCAAAUUUGGGCAGAACGCAAGGCCAAGGAGCGCGGAAUGGCUUCGUCACCUGGGAGCACCGAGACUGUCUCUACCCCUGCUUCGAUCCAGAGCCAACCCAGUGGCCAGGGCGAGUGGAAGAGCUCCUAUGCGGGCAAGUCCUGGGCUCCUGUUCAAACCGCACAGGAGAAAGCACCCAUUCUUGAGCAGCCUGUUGAUGCAAAAGCCAAUGAUCAACAAGAGGAGGAAUCGCAACCCCACGUGAGUAGUAUUCGUGAGCAAUUCGCUCAUGACACGCCUGCGCCUGUGCCACUCGCUCCUCCUGCCCCACCUGUUCCGCAGGCCAGUCGCCCUGUUCCUGUACCGGGGCUGUCAUCUGGGCCUGUCGAGUCCGAGCCUGAGCAUGAUGCCCAACAGGCUCUUCCUUCUCCCCCACCGCAGCCUCGCUCCCCGACACCUCCCACUCCCCCAGUGCGUGAGAGCUCGCCGAUCCAGAUUGCCAUGCCAGUUGGCCACAGCGUUGCCGACAGUGUUGCUGAUGUCCACGAGGAACAACAUUCUCCUCCCCCUGCUAUGCCUGUACAUAGCCUCCAAGAGACCGUUCCGGAUGAGAGGGAUAUUGAGGAUGAUUCUCACGACCUGGGUCGUGCUGCGGCCGAAGCAACUGCUCCUCAGCAGCACCAGCAGCCCCAAGGUGGACCGCGAGCCCAGAUCCAGUACGACUACGAGAAGGCUGAGGAUAAUGAGAUUGAAUUGCGGGAGGGAGAGUAUGUGACCGACAUUGAGAUGGUGGACCCGGAUUGGUGGGUGGGAGUCAAUACUCAGGGUGAGCGUGGCCUCUUCCCGGCCAACUACGUAGAGCUUGUGGAAGAUAAAGAACCUGCAUCACACGCAACGUCCGGUUCCCACCACUAUGAACCAGAGCCCGAGCCUGCUGCUGCCCCCGUUCCGGCCGCAUCCACCCCUGUUGCUGCCGCUGCAUCAUCGGCGGCUACUCCAAGCUCCAAAGGUGUCACAGCGACCGCUUUGUAUGACUAUGAAGCCGCCGAGGAUAACGAGAUUGGGUUCCCUGAGGACGCGAAGAUUUCCAACGUGGAAUUCCCGGAUGAUGACUGGUGGCUUGGUGAGUACAAUGGAAAACAAGGUCUAUUCCCUGCCAACUACGUUCGCUUGGACGAGUGA